UGAAUACGUUCAUGCUGCGGUUUUGUGCUCCCCACAGGCUGUCGGUCCAACCAGUUUUUAGUUUGACGGACAUCGACAACAAGUGCCCGAAGACGAUAGUGUAUUCAUGUAGUACCCGAAAUUCUACUACUCCAUUUUACCAUAAACUUUUGACUUCCAACACACUGAAUCCUUCGUAGAUUGGCAAUUGGCCGCCCCGCUAUAAGUUGUCGUGUUGAUCUGAAGACGUAAUAAUUGUUACGUUAUAUUAUAUGCACAUUUGGAAGCCGAUUGCUGUUUUUUUCUAGUUAUCCACCUGUUAUGAAGAUGGCUCACUCAUCAAAUGACAAGGAGUUCAAAGAACGUCUUAUCAAAACUGUAAAAAAAGAGGUAAAACAAAUCAUGGAAGAGGCAGUGACACGCAAGUUUGUACACCAAGACAGCAGCUCCGUCACAUCCCUUUGUGCCGCUGUAGAGGGGUGUUUGUCUCAUGGACUUCGGCGGCGAGCGCUGGGGCUCUUUCGUUCAUCGUCAACCACGGCUUUGAUGCAUAAAGUUGCCAAAAUAUACCCACCAGCUGCAGUAAUUUCAAAGCUAAUUACAGAAGCCGAUUCUUCCGAAGGAGUAAAAAGAUCGUCUUCAAGCGGAGAUAGCAUCACCAGAAUGCUUUCGUGCGGAGGAACGGGAGGAAGCGGUAUCAAGCCCAUUUUGCAGAAAAGAAAUUCGGGUUCGUGGUUAUCUAAAGGAACCAGCGCACAAAAAUAUCUUUGGAUCCGAUUAGCACUUUUUGAACGCAUUUUGGCAGGGAUUAUUGAGCAUAUCGUUGAGAAUCAUUUGAAAUAUUAUGAAAACGACGCCCUUGUCGCAGAUCCUGAAUACGGGUCCCUUUUAGGUCAUCUUCUCGCUGGUCCAUGCGCUCUUGAGUUUACUAAAUUAAAAACCAAGGAUCAUUAUUGGACGGACCCACCUGCCGACGAACUUGUUCAGAGGCAUCGUAUUUCUAGUUACGUAUCGUCAGGCGUAACCUCUCCAGCAAAUCGACGUCCAGGACUUCAUUACCGAAAACUUUUACCUGGAGGCAGCAGCAGUGAUGGCGAAGCAAUUAGUUCUAUGGGGAGCAGAAAUUGUUACGUUAACUCUACCGCCAAGAAUUAUGUGGAAUCUCUUCAUCAAAACAACAAAGUUGUUCUACUCUAUGGGAAAAACAACGUCCUCGUGUUGUCGCGUGAGCUGACAGAACCGAUCCCGGGAUACCUUUCGCUACACCACGCUAUGGAUUCGUUGACUCUAAAAUGGACUCCAAAUCAAUUGAUGAAUGGCGGAAUAGAUUUCGAUGGUGUUGACAAAAGUACGUAUUGGAACUAUGCUCUGCAUGUAAAUUUGUAUGACAUCGUCUACGUCCAUUGUCACCAGAAAGGAUUUGAUGUUGGUGGCAGUAUGGUACUCGUUGGCCAGGAUGGAGUUCAAUAUCCCGCAAUUCAUUUUCCAGCCGGAGGCCAUUUAUUGGCCUUUUUAACAUGUUUAGAAACUGGCUUAAAUCCCCGUGGACGUUUAGAUCCUCCCCUGUGGACCCAAACAGAUAAAGGUAAAACAUUUCCCAAAAUAAAAAGAAAAGGACCUUCAUCCGGAGACAAUCUUCUCGCAAUGUUAAGCUACAACGCUGUUGAGAGCAACGGAAACGAUGAAGAUAUUACAGAUGAAUCGUCGAUAUCAUCAGACUAUGUAUUUCGUAUUGUAACCACGAGUGAUGAUUUCGUCCACGAUCAUAAUCCAGAAUUACUCCAAGAAUCGUCCGAUGAAAAUGCCUAUUUAUCGCAGGGAACCAACGCUUGCCAAAAUCAAGGAUCAAUGAGUCCACGAUGGUGGUCAACUAACCAUAGCCGUCCCUUUAACUCAACAGAAUCUACAAGCAGCUCGUCUUCUUCUUCUAAAAGCUUUGCCGCAAGUCUUAGCCUCGCUGAGAACACCUGUAACAGUGUCAUCAAUUCUGUAUUUUUCGAAACAGUUGAUGACUCUGUUUCUUCUCAAUCAUCAACCUUGAUUGGAGUCCACAACAUCGUUAAAAGGGGGAAGUCUUUGCAAGUGCUGUGUGAAACAAUGAAGCGACAGAUAAUUUCACGAGCAUUUUAUGGCUGGUUGGGACACUGCAGACACUUACGUACUGUUAGAACCCAUCUCUCUGGAUUAGUAAAUGAUGCCAUCAUUUCAAGGAACAAUUCCUGUGAUGAAAACAGUGGGGUUAACGAAAAAAGUUGGUCACGGCUGGUGGUGGAUGGUGUGCUGUCAAACUCCUUUGAACUUUUCCGUUUGACAUAUUAUGGAGGAGUUGAACAUAACUUGCGUAAAGAGGUGUGGCCAUAUUUACUUGGACAUUAUCCCUUCGGAAGCACAAUAGAGGAACGGCACACCCAAGACAGAGCAAUGCAAACAGCGUACGAAUCAACAAUGUCAGAGUGGCUUGCUGUUGAAGCUAUAAUUCGCCAGAGAGAUAAAGAAAUUACUGCUGCGAGCAUUGCCAAAAUUUCCUUUGGGUCACAAAGUGGCGAUCAACUUUUUGAAGACCCCGUCGAAGACCAGAGUAGGAUACUGAGCAAUGAAGUUUUCGAUUCUGAAGACUUGGAGGCGGAUCAUAUCGAAAACGACAAGAAUGAGGAUAAAUUGGAAGACGAGAAUGAUGUUAUCGCUAAACAUCCAUACGAAACGAUUGAUGAAAAGAGUAAAAGUCAGGAUUGUGAUGUCUGUCCAUCAAAUGUUACUAUGGUCAAAGUUAUAACUACUCAUCCACCUUCUUGCGCAGCAGAUGAUAUUACAGCAUGUAUAGAUUUUGAAAUGCAUCGGCAAACAUUAUUGGAGAACAACGGCAGUAGAAGUUUACAAAAUGGUUCAACUAUGGUUGCUGAUAUUAGUUCAACUAAAGACACAAACCUCAGUCUGCCUAAUCUGAUCAUUGAUGACGGCAUGGACCGCUGUAGCAUAGGUUCGAGAUCAUCUUGUGUUUCACCCGUAAGCUCCCAAGGUGGAAUUUACACGGCGGAAUUGCUGGAAAAGUAUGGUCUCAACUUACAUCGAAUAGACAAGGAUGUUCAACGAUGUGACCGAAACUACCACUAUUUUACGCCUAGUAAUCUAGACAAACUUCGGAACAUUAUGUGCACGUAUGUUUGGUGUCAUCUUGAUAUCGGUUACAUGCAAGGAAUGUGUGAUCUAGUGGCUCCUUUACUCGUCAUCAUAGAAGACGAAGCUCUCACAUAUUCAUGUUUUUGUGAGCUAAUGAAAAGAAUGUCAGCAAAUUUUCCUCAGGGAGGAGCAAUGGAUUUACAUUUUGCCAAUAUGAGAUCACUGAUUCAAAUUCUCGACGGCGAACUAUUCGACUUGAUGCAUCAAAAUGGAGAUUACACCCAUUUUUAUUUCUGUUAUCGGUGGUUUCUCCUAGAUUUCAAAAGAGAGCUGAUUUAUGAAGACGUUUUCUUGGUAUGGGAAACUAUUUGGGCAGCCCGUUCCAUUUCAUCCCCGCAUUUCGUUCUUUUUGUUGCCCUGGCAUUAGUUCAGCAUUACCGUGAAAUCAUUCUAGCCAAUGCCAUGGAUUUUACUGACAUCAUAAAAUUUUUUAAUGAAAUGGCUGAACGACAUGACACUAAGACUAUUCUCCAACUGGCCCGAGAUCUUGUUCUUCAACUUCAAGUUUUGAUUGGGGACAAAUAGACCUAAAUCAUCAAUGUGCAUUAUACCUGUUAUGUCAUGCUACACAUUAUCGUUUUUUACAUUAAAAUAUAAUUUGAUGAUAAAUGUUCUUCUUUAUCUGUUUAACUGUUUGCAUUUUUGUGUAAAACAUAUCUUAAAUCUCUCUGAGUACAAUUAAAUUGCUGUUUAACUUGU